UGAUCCGUCACGGGCGCCGCCGCUGCCGCCGCCGCCGCGGCCGUUCUGAGCCGAGCCGGAACCCUAGCCCGAGACGGAGCCGGGGCCCGGGCCGGCGCCAUUGCGCGGGCGCCGCGGGAAGACCUUGGCGCGGGGCGGCGGGCCGGGCCAGGCCAUGCGGGCCGAGUGAGCCGGCGCCCGCAGCCCGCGGCGCGGCAUGGCUUCCCCGCGGAGCUCCGGGCAGCCCGGGCCGCCGCCGCCGCCGCCACCGCCGCCCGCGCGCCUGCUACUGCUACUGCUGCUGCCGCUGCUGCUGCCUCUGGCACCCGGGGCCUGGGGCUGGGCGCGGGGCGCCCCCCGGCCGCCGCCCAGCAGCCCGCCGCUCUCCAUCAUGGGCCUCAUGCCGCUCACCAAGGAGGUGGCCAAGGGCAGCAUCGGGCGCGGUGUGCUCCCCGCCGUGGAACUGGCCAUCGAGCAGAUCCGCAACGAGUCACUCCUGCGCCCCUACUUCCUCGACCUGCGGCUCUAUGACACCGAGUGCGACAAUGCAAAAGGGUUGAAAGCCUUCUACGAUGCAAUAAAAUACGGGCCGAACCACUUGAUGGUGUUUGGAGGCGUCUGUCCAUCCGUCACGUCCAUCAUUGCAGAGUCCCUCCAAGGCUGGAAUCUGGUGCAGCUUUCUUUUGCUGCAACCACGCCUGUUCUAGCCGAUAAGAAAAAAUACCCUUAUUUCUUUCGGACCGUCCCAUCAGACAAUGCGGUGAAUCCAGCCAUUCUGAAGUUGCUCAAGCACUACCAGUGGAAGCGCGUGGGCACGUUGACGCAAGACGUUCAGAGGUUCUCUGAGGUGCGGAAUGACCUGACUGGAGUUCUGUAUGGCGAGGACAUUGAGAUUUCAGACACCGAGAGCUUCUCCAACGAUCCCUGUACCAGUGUCAAAAAGCUGAAGGGGAAUGAUGUGCGGAUCAUCCUUGGCCAGUUUGACCAGAAUAUGGCAGCAAAAGUGUUCUGUUGUGCAUACGAGGAGAACAUGUAUGGUAGUAAAUAUCAGUGGAUCAUCCCGGGCUGGUACGAGCCUUCUUGGUGGGAGCAGGUGCACACGGAAGCCAACUCAUCCCGCUGCCUCCGGAAGAAUCUGCUUGCUGCCAUGGAGGGCUACAUUGGCGUGGAUUUCGAGCCCCUGAGCUCCAAGCAGAUCAAGACCAUCUCAGGAAAGACUCCACAGCAGUAUGAGAGAGAGUACAACAACAAGCGGUCAGGCGUGGGGCCCAGCAAGUUCCACGGGUACGCCUACGAUGGCAUCUGGGUCAUCGCCAAGACACUGCAGAGGGCCAUGGAGACACUGCACGCCAGCAGCCGGCACCAGCGGAUCCAGGACUUCAACUACACGGACCACACGCUGGGCAGGAUCAUCCUUAAUGCCAUGAACGAGACCAACUUCUUUGGGGUCACGGGUCAAGUUGUAUUCCGGAACGGGGAGAGAAUGGGGACCAUUAAAUUUACUCAAUUUCAAGACAGCAGGGAGGUGAAGGUGGGAGAGUACAACGCUGUGGCCGACACACUGGAGAUCAUCAAUGACACCAUCAGGUUCCAAGGAUCCGAACCACCAAAAGACAAGACCAUCAUCCUGGAGCAGCUGCGGAAGAUCUCCCUACCUCUCUACAGCAUCCUCUCUGCCCUCACCAUCCUCGGGAUGAUCAUGGCCAGUGCUUUUCUCUUCUUCAACAUCAAGAACCGGAAUCAGAAGCUGAUAAAGAUGUCGAGUCCAUACAUGAACAACCUUAUCAUCCUUGGAGGGAUGCUCUCCUAUGCUUCCAUAUUUCUCUUUGGCCUUGAUGGAUCCUUUGUCUCUGAAAAGACCUUUGAAACACUUUGCACCGUCAGGACCUGGAUUCUCACCGUGGGCUACACGACUGCUUUUGGGGCCAUGUUUGCAAAGACCUGGAGAGUCCACGCCAUCUUCAAAAAUGUGAAAAUGAAGAAGAAGAUCAUCAAGGACCAGAAACUGCUUGUGAUCGUGGGGGGCAUGCUGCUGAUCGACCUGUGUAUACUGAUCUGCUGGCAGGCUGUGGACCCCCUGCGAAGGACAGUGGAGAAGUACAGCAUGGAGCCGGACCCAGCAGGACGGGAUAUCUCCAUCCGCCCUCUUCUGGAGCACUGUGAGAACACCCAUAUGACCAUCUGGCUUGGCAUCGUCUAUGCCUACAAGGGACUUCUCAUGUUGUUCGGUUGUUUCUUAGCUUGGGAAACCCGCAACGUCAGCAUCCCCGCACUCAACGACAGCAAGUACAUCGGGAUGAGUGUCUACAACGUGGGGAUCAUGUGCAUCAUCGGGGCCGCUGUCUCCUUCCUGACCCGGGACCAGCCCAAUGUGCAGUUCUGCAUCGUGGCUCUGGUCAUCAUCUUCUGCAGCACCAUCACCCUCUGCCUGGUAUUCGUGCCGAAGCUCAUCACCCUGAGAACAAACCCAGAUGCAGCAACGCAGAACAGGCGAUUCCAGUUCACUCAGAAUCAGAAGAAAGAAGAUUCUAAAACGUCCACCUCGGUCACCAGUGUGAACCAAGCCAGCACAUCCCGCCUGGAGGGCCUACAGUCAGAAAACCAUCGCCUGCGAAUGAAGAUCACAGAGCUGGAUAAAGACUUGGAAGAGGUCACCAUGCAGCUGCAGGACACACCAGAAAAGACCACCUACAUUAAACAGAACCACUACCAAGAGCUCAAUGACAUCCUCAACCUGGGAAACUUCACUGAGAGCACAGAUGGAGGAAAGGCCAUUUUAAAAAAUCACCUCGAUCAAAAUCCCCAGCUACAGUGGAACACAACAGAGCCCUCUCGAACAUGCAAAGAUCCUAUAGAAGAUAUAAACUCUCCAGAACACAUCCAGCGUCGGCUGUCCCUCCAGCUCCCCAUCCUCCACCACGCCUACCUCCCAUCCAUCGGAGGCGUGGACGCCAGCUGUGUCAGCCCCUGCGUCAGCCCCACCGCCAGCCCCCGCCACAGACAUGUGCCACCCUCCUUCCGAGUCAUGGUCUCGGGCCUGUAAGGGUGGGAGGCCUGGGCCCGGGGCCUCCCCCGUGACAGAACCACACUGGGCAGAGGGGUCUGCUGCAGAAACACUGUCGGCUCUGGCUGCGGAGAAGCUGGGCACCAUGGCUGGCCUCUCAGGACCACUCGGAUGGCACUCAGGUGGACAGGACGGGGCAGGGGGAGACUUGGCACCUGACCUCGAGCCUUAUUUGUGAAGUCCUUAUUUCUUCACAAAGAAGAGGAACGGAAAUGGGACUUCUUCCUUAACAUCUGCAAACAAGGAGGCGCUGGGAUAUCAAACUUGCAAAAAAAAAAAAAAAAAAAAAAAAACUAGACAAA